CGUCGCUGCUGGGAGUCAAACCCGUGCGCUUGCAGCGAGGAAGAAUAGUCCCGGACAGCGUCUACCUCGCGACUUUGCUACCAAAUAGCCCGGACGCGACUUCCACCGUCAAGAGAGAAGCACGCAGGCACGCGCGCGCAAGCGACUGCGACGACUAAGACGACGACGAUGAUGAUGAUGCUACAGACCAGCGCGCCAAGCGCGCACGACAACUCUCGCGGGACGGCGAUGUCGCCUGGGACGGCUGCACCCGGGACGCGCCCCCAUCCAUGGGAGGCCCCCCAAACCAGCCCGCAAAUCCCUCGCUGCACCACCGCUACUCGCCGUCGACCUCCGCCCGCGACCCGAGAAGACACCGGCGCCGCAGAAGAUGAUGAUGAUGGUGACGAUGAUCGUGGCGACGGUGGCGGCGAUGACGACGAUGACGACGGUUGUGGCCUUUUGCGAAGCUGCGAGAGGCGCCUUGCGUUUCGUCAAGAAGUGGGGACCCCGCGUCGCGGUGCGGGGGCCCGGCUACUGCUCCCGGCGCGCGAGCGACCAGGGAAGGGGACCUCGGCUGGAGCCACGGGCGGCAUCAGCAGCAGCAGCAGCAGCAGGAGACCCGGCACGGCGCGCCGCAACGCACGAGAACGCAACCGCGUGGCGCUGGUGAACAGAGGCUUCGCCGCGCUGCGAGACCGCGUCCCCGCGGCCCUGGGCCCCAGUUGGACCCCGCAGCAAGACUCCUGCCCCGGGGGGCCGCUCUCGCCGGGGUCGUCGGGCGAAGGCGCCGGGUCAUCGGGGCCGACUCGGCUCAGCAAGGUGGAGACACUCCGAGCCGCCGCCGAAUACAUCCGCGCUCUCCAGCGUCUGCUGAUGCUCUCCGAGUCGCCCCGUUAUUAUCCUGAGGUCACCGCCAGCCCCGUCAACAUCAGCACCACCACCGGCGCCGCCUCCUCCUCCCCAUCCACCAUCACCUCCUCCACGACGGGCAGCGGUGGCAGUAGAGCAGCCGAGCCCUGCUAUCUGGCCAGCUGGUUUGGCUUGGACGCGAAGUGCCAUCCGUUGUUCGACACGCACGAGCAGCCGCACGAAGCCUCUCCAGCUUGGACGGGCCACGAGUUCUGGACGGGAGCGGGACACGUGGAGAUCGGGGGAGGCUCCUUUCUUCAAACCUCCCAGGAGCCGGGUCUGGGCUGGGCCCCCGCAGAGCCCCGUUCCGUCGGGCACGGAGCAGUUCCUGCGCCCCCCCUCGCCAUGGACACUUGGGGAAACCAGCGCACGUUCGGACUUUCAAUAUCGUCGGCGUCGUCUUCCUACUCGUACUGAGAUCACGGGUUCCGUGGCGCGAGGUUCCUCUGUUGUCUCUGACCUUGCACUUCCGUGCGUAACGAGGCGCUAAGGCGUCGGAUCUCUACCGCCGGUCACCGUCCUCUCGCUGCGAGGGAUGAUGACGAACACCCCCCCCCCACACCCCACUCCCCUCGGGGUCACCGCCAUCGAUCGCCCUCUCGCGAUGCAGUAACUCAUCUGGCCGCCGUACAUCGCUCCAACUGCACGGAGGGCGUUCCAUCGGGGUGGUGUUUCUCCUCCAUUGACUGCCGCUCCGUCGUUAGUCUCGACCACGGGUCCCCCAUCCCUGCCAGCGACGCUUACUGCCCAAGCCUCACGUUCUUCACUUGGCAGUCGCUACGACGCGCCUGACUUGCGUGUGUUCUCAGUCAUCAGUUAUCGUAAAAUGCAGUUUUAAAUUGAAUUACAUCUCUUCCAGUUAUCUAGGCUGCACAUGCGUGGCUUUGCAUGGAUAAAUGCAUUCGAUGAUGAUGAUGAUUACGCAAUGGUUUAGCAUGCAGCACAAAAUGCAUAUCAUGUUUGAUUCGUGUUGCAUUGAUGAACUGGUCCCCGUCAGUAGAAUGUGGAAUUUCCACCACUGCCUUAGGAAUAUUAACAGAAACACGCCGUUUUAAAUGCCUAAUGUUUAUGUGAAUUUGUGAAUAAUGACUUUAUUUUACGAAAUAUGUCCUCUCUGAAAGGAGUUAUCAUCGUUGCUGUUGGUAGCCGUCAAAGAUCAAAUUUGUUGUCACGGGUAACUGUGGAAUGCAAUACACUUUGAACUCAUCAGCGAUCCAA